CAGAUAAGAGUGGGAGUGAGUGAGUGAAAGAGAGAGAGUGGAAGAAAGAAAAGGGAGAGUGGGAGAGCAGGGGGGAGAGAGCGAGAGAAGGAGGGCAGGAGAGAGAGCGGUGAAAGUGAGGACAAGAAAAGGAGGGAGCGAGAGAAACAGGAGGGACACUAAGUGAGGGAGAAGAAGAGAGGAAUGAGUGAUCGAGAGGUGAAGAUGAUAAAGAAACAGACAGAGGGAGAAAGAGAGUGAUAUAGAUAGACAGAUAGGGAGAAAGAUAGUGACAGAGUGCGAAAGACAGAGAGAGAGGAAGGUAGAAGGAGAAAGACAACACGUGUGUGGGGGGAGAGAGGACGGGAGAGAGAUCAGCGCACAGACAGGUAGCCCCCGUGUCGUGGGUCAGGGGGGCUGCAGCCUGGCUCCCAGCCCCCCCAUGGAGGUGGUGCAGCCCGGCAUGGGGAAGACUGUCCGAGAGAAGAUGGGACCAACAGGCAGUGCUGUGGGAGCACCAGAGGAGCAGUGAGAGGUUAGCCACAGACGAGACAGCGUGAGCCAGAGACCAGAGCCUGGCCACACGAUGGCGCUGCAGAGCCUCCUCCUGUUCCUGGGCCUCCUCUGUCUUGCCCACAUUUCCACCCAGCAGCCCGGCCCCCGUUCCCCCACCCGCCCCCCGGGGGAGCACCGACGAAGCACCCAACCCAACAUCAUCCUCAUCCUCACCGACGACCAGGACGUGGAGCUGGGAUCCAUGCAGGCCAUGAAUAAGACGCGGCGCCUGAUGGGUGGGGCUGGCAUGCGCUUCUCCAACGCCUUCGUGACCACGCCCAUGUGCUGCCCGUCACGCUCCUCGCUGCUGACGGGGAAGUACGCGCACAACCACGACACCCACACCAACAACGAGAACUGCUCCUCGCCCGCCUGGCAGGCCCACCACGAGCCUCACACCUUCGCCACACACCUCCGAGCCGCAGGGUACAGGACGGCCUUCUUCGGGAAGUACCUCAAUGAAUACAAUGGCUCAUACGUACCGCCCGGCUGGGGACACUGGGUGGCGUUGGUGAAGAACUCCCGCUUCUACAACUACACGCUGUGCAGGAACGGCGUGCGCGAGAAGCACGGUGGACACUACGCCACGGACUACCUUACAGACAUUAUUACCAACGACAGUAUCAGCUACUUCCGUACAUCGAAGAAGACGAACCCUCAGCGGCCUGUGAUGAUGGUGCUGAGCCACGCUGCGCCCCAUGGCCCGGAGGACUCGGCGCCGCAGUACAGCGAUGCAUUCCCCAAUGCCUCCCAGCACAUCACCCCCAGCUACAACCGAGCUCCAAACCCUGAUAAACACUGGAUCCUGCGUUACACACGACCCAUGCAGCCACUGCACAUGCAGUUCACCAACAUGCUGCAGAGGAGGAGGCUGCAGACACUGCUGUCUGUGGACGACUGCGUGGAGAAGGUAUACAACAUGUUGGUGGACACAGAUGAACUAGAAAACACAUAUGUGAUCUACACAGCUGAUCAUGGCUACCACAUCGGCCAAUUUGGCCUGGUCAAGGGCAAGUCCAUGCCAUACGAAUUUGACAUCCGUGUGCCAUUCUAUGUGCGUGGCCCCGGAGUGGAGCAAGGCACUGUCAAUCCUCACAUCGUGCUGAACAUUGACCUGGCCCCCACCAUCCUGGACAUUGCCGGGGUCAACGUGCCCCCAGACAUGGACGGCAGGUCUAUACGGCAAUUUCUGGGGCCUGGUAAACCUGCAAACAGGUUCCAAGUCCCCGGCGAAGUGGAAGCGUGGAGGGACUCUUUCCUGGUGGAGAGAGGAAAACCGCUACACAAGAGGGACUAUGAGAAGGAGGCACAGCAGGAAGAUAACUUCCUACCAGGCCAGCAGAGGGAGGGAGACCUGUGUCAGCCGAUCGAGUACCAGGCCCCCUGCGAGCAGAGAGGGCAGCAGUGGCAAUGCACAGAGGACCCCUGGGGGAUACUGCGUCUCUCCAAAUGCCCCCCUGCCCAUCCUGCUACUUUGGAUCAGCAGUAUCCUGCCCCCUACAGAGGUCCAGGGAGGUGCAGAUGUAACUCCCUCAGCCUCCCAGCGAGGUCUUUCAGGCCGGAGGAGCCGCCAUCUAAUGAGGACACGAAGUCUCGGAGGGUCUAUUUCCAGAACCUUCCAGGCCGCUCCGCACAUCCUGCCCGCUGGAACCAGAGCUGGGUUGAGGACCGGUUGCGGUGGCGGGGGCGCAGGGGGGUGGAAUGGCAGGACAAAUCACGGGGACCAGACCUGAAGUCCUCAGCUGGCACCUACCUGAAGGGGCGAUCUCCACUGAAAGUCACUUACAGGUGCUCCCUCCUGACCAAUAGCAGCGUGCGCUGUGACGGCGAGCUCUACCGUUCAUUUCGGGCGUGGAAGGAGCACAAGCUCCAUGUGGACCAUGAGAUCGAGACACUGCAGACCAGAAUAAAGAACCUGCAAGAGGUCAAAGGUCACCUGAAGCAUGCUCAACCUGUGGAGUGCAACUGCCCCCUAUACAAGCACAAAGUGGAGCUGAAUCAUCAAAGGGGCCACAUGCAUCUGCUCAGGAAGUCGCAGCUUGAAGACAGGAAGCAGCGGCUUCUGAAGGAGCAGAAACGCAGGAAGAAGCUGCGCAAACUGCUGAAGCGACUGCGCAACAACGACACCUGCAGCAUGCCCGGCCUCACCUGCUUCACUCAUGACAACCAGCACUGGCAGACUGCCCCCUUUUGGACAAUGGGACCAUUCUGCGCCUGUACCAGCGCCAACAAUAACACCUACUGGUGUGUGAGGACCAUCAACAGCACACACAAUUUCUUGUUCUGUGAGUUUGCCACCGGCUUCCUGGAGUACUUCGACCUCAACACUGACCCCUACCAGCUGGUGAAUGGCAUCAGCGCUCUGCCCCGCAAUAUCCUCAACCAGCUGCACGUCCAGCUCACGGAGCUGCGCUCCUGCAAAGGUCAUGAACAGUGCAGCCUGGAGACGGGGAGUAAAACUCAGAGGAGCUUUGAGGAGCACAGGCAGAUUCACCGGCAACGGAGGCCGAGCUUGAAAAAAGCCACCUUGGGAUCGCUGUGAGUGGACUGUGCCAGGUCGCGUCGGCCCCCCGGCAUGUUUCCUGUCCAGCGUCCUGCCGCCUCUCCCUCCAUCACUCUCUGGGCGGGGGGGGAGCAGCGCUGCUUCUGACCAACAGACGCGUAUCCUGUCCAGAGACCUAAAAAUAACAUCGUCUGGAACUUUUCCGAAUCUGACCCCAUUUGAUGUGCAGGGUUUGGUUUUGGUUAUUAUGUAACAGUCAUUGAGGAAACAGCUGCUGCCGUUUUGUUGGGAUAAAACUUAAAUAAUAAUUCAAAUAAAGUCACAACAGAACACCACAUUGUUAUACAUUAGGCUCGGAUUGCCAAUAGUUAAAGCUUAGUGAAGCUAAACCGUGAUACUAACACAUUUUCGGGUCUCCCACUUGCCAGUGAACAGAUUUAGUGCUGGAUCGGAGGACUGCACAUUGUAGCCCGUCCAUUUGGACCUCCUGAGGUAUGGAUCUGACAUCACAGACCUCAAACUGACGUUCGUCUGUAGUCUCAGGGGUGGGGCUGUGAGUGGGAGGGCCUGUAGAUGAGGGGUUUAGCCUCCAGAAGCUUCACUCCUCAUGGUCAGCCUGAUGUGGCUGUAGACACGUCUCAGUUAGCCGGAGCUUGAACUGAAAGCCCUCAUGAGAGUGGUCUGCACCCCCCCCGACUUUUGAUUAGGUGUGUCCGUCCUUUUCAAACUCGCAUUCUUGGGCUUCACUAGAUCUGAGUGAAAGUCCUUCCAUAUCAUGAAAUAAAUGCAUACGAGGAGAUACAAGCCUCCAUGAACAUAUAUGAAUAUUGUGUCGUACGAUGUUCGUUCAUUUAAAAAGGGAAAGGUGAAAUGUCAUUUGUUUGUUUUUGCUAACAGGUCGCAGUGCGCUGUUUUGCCUUUUCAUUAAUGGGUCAGGUACGCUAUUUUCCCUUGGUUGCUGGAUGCUGAGAUAGCUGUGAGAAGGGGAUGCCAUCGACCAAGUCGACCCUGAAGGGGGCAGGAGGUUGGCAGCUGUCCGACUUGGAACUGCUGUUCCCUGGUCAAAUCAGGCUGAUAUCUCAGAACAGACUGCAGUCCCACACUGUAAGACUGUAGUAAUCAAUCCAGGACUACAGUACUACUCAACGGCAAUACUCGGUGUAUAACUACAGUACCACCCAACAGCAGUACUCAAUUCAGAAAUACAGUACCACCCUGGCUGCAAAAUAGCAGAACUCAGUCCAUAACUACAGUACCACACUGCAAGGCAACAGUACUCAGUCUAUAAUUAUAGUACCACAUUAGAACUCUGCAGUAUUCAGUCCAUAAUUAUGGUACCAAAAUGCAAUACUGCAGUACUCAAUCCAUAACUACAAUUUUGCAAUUCAGCAGUACCCAGUCCAAAAUUACAAUACCACACAGCAGCCCAGCAAUACAUAUUUGAGAACUACAGUACCACAUUGCAAUUCAGCAGUACUCAGUGCCGACCUACAAUACCACCCUGCAACAUAGCAAUACUCAGUUCAGAACUGCUGUACCAAAAAUUAGAAAAUGAAAUGAUAUAGUGGAAACCACUUAUAUCAUGUCUGUCUGAGCGAAAUUGAUCAGUAUAUGAAGGUGAUUAUUUUAACUGAUUUUUUCUUCUUCGUUAUGUCUCAGGCAGAUUACCAACUAAUUGACAUUUAUAUAUUUAUUACAUGAAUAUAAGUUAAUAAAACAGACAACAACACUAUUUAAUUUUAUUGACAAUUUCAAACACAGUACAGUGGUUUCAAACACUUUUCAAAUUACAGUACUUUGCAAAUUAAAAUACUGAACUGUGUAUAAUUCAAUUGCACUAUAAUACAGUACAGUAUUGUACAUAAAUAUUCAAUUAAAUUUUAUUGACACAGCGCACUUUUAGAAUGGGACACUGUCUCAAAGCGCUUAUUGUAAUAUUACUGCUGCAUCUCGGUGGCUCGUGGUUUAUCAUAAACUUGUCAAUGAGAAAAAAUUACUUUAAUUUUCCAUCUGUUUUCUGUGCAUGCCAAAUUAGCCCUAGGAAACUAGCGAGAAGCUAAAAAAUAAUGACCACAGUUUUCAUUUUUUCCACAUGUUGUUAUGUUUAGAAAGACCCAAAAUGAACACUAUAAGUAGACUACUUGAUUACUAUAUGUGGAUUAUUUGAAUAGUUUUUGUACAGGAAUGAUUCUGUUCCAAGCUUUUUGAGCCAUAGCAGAAGGGUGAUCACUAUAACUGUGAUCACUAUAAAUGGGUUUCAUUCUAUUGCCAUUUGUGAAAGUACAUGUAUAUAGAAGUUGUUUAAUUUUCACAUAUCCCAUCUUGCCCACCUUUGAGAUAGACAUACAAGUGACCACAAUGCACACAGCCCAGAAGUACAGUACCAUUCCAAAGCAAACCACUACUCAAAUCAGAAGUGCAGUAUCAGAACUUUACAUAACAAAUCAACAGUACUUCAAAUCAAAUCAAUUCAGCCAUGUUUCCUGGAUUCUUUCAACGUUCAGGCUUUGAACCCCACCCUCACUGUCCGAGCUGAGUAUGCUGGUUUAGACCUGAUUUCUACUGGCUGAUGUUUACACAGAUAUCAUUCACAGCCCUUCCCACCGAGUGCUUCUUUUCAGAUGGACAUCUAGCAUUAAAAGUGCGUCAUAUGCUGGGAAUGGUUUUUAUCUCUGCUGUGUCUGUUUUAAGCUUUGCCACGUUAUUCCCUGCUAUGGACCUUGUUAAUAAUCCCCAACAAAUUAAAUCCUAUUGUGCCGAAAUGAG